AUGGAGAGGGUGGGGAGACGGAGAGAGGAAGUCGUGGAGAGGUUAGAGAGGGUGGGGAGACGGAGAGAGGAAGUCGUGGAGAGGGUUAGAGAGGGUGGGGAGACGGAGAGAGGAAGUCAUGGAGAGGAUGGGGAGACGGAGAGAGGAAGUCAUGGAGAGGAUGGGGAGACGGAGAGAGGAAGUCGUGGAGAGGGUGGGGAGAGAGGUGGAGGAGAAGAGUGAGGGAGGGAGAGAAGAGGAGGGGGGGGGGGGGGGGAACAGGAGACUGCAGAGGAGUGUUAUUUUACUUAUGGCUAAGGCUGUGUGGAGCACAUCUGGCCAGACUGCGGUCUGUUUUCUGCAGCCCCAAACUGCACUCUCUGACAGGGUGUGUCCUGCCAUGUCCCAGACCCGAUCCUAAAGAUGCUGCUCCGUGUGUUUCUGUGUGCAGUUGCAUGCAUGCCAUCCGUCUGUUUGGCCCCUAUCCAAACCCAGUGCCUCUACUCGGGCUAUUUGGUUUUAUAAAAACAAGGAAUAAUUCCAUAUUCCCAUCAUGUAAUGAACCCUAGCCCAGGCCUCUUAAUUGCUGUAAACGUAAUCUAUUGGAUAUGUUUGAAUAUCUAAUGGUGGUUUCCUGUGCAGGUUGACAUUUAUUGGGAUGAGUCUUGUUCUACAGGCAGAACUGAGCGAUUUACGCUAGGUGGGCCAGCUGCAAAGUCAAAAUUGGCUAUAUUGUAAAAACAUUUGCAUUUUUGUUAGGCAUUAUGGUUAGCAGUGUGGUUAAGGUUAGGUUUAAAAUCAGAUUUUUUUUUUUUUGUUGCUUUGUGGCUGUGCCAGCCUAGUGACCGCUCUGCAGAGCUUCCUCCAGAAUAACCUGCGUUUCCUGUCUGCCUCCUUGACCAAACAUGGAGACUGUUGCAACUAACAGCUUUGGAACCAAAAUGGCCUCUGGGAAUUACAUAAUUGAGUUUAAUAGGAAGAUUACGGAUGGGUAUUUUCCCGAAUUGUGAAGUAUGUUAUGUAACGUUAAGGGGCUCUGAGGAAAACCUUAUGGUCCACAAAUGUGUUGCUUUAUAGAAAAGAAUACACUGCAUGACAGCUAGGCCUAAAAUAGGUUUCUCUCAUCAGACCCCUGGCCUUGCCUCUCUAUAUGGCUAACUUUCCCCCCACACGUUGAGUCUGUGUUGAGGGAAAAGGAGGGUAGGUAAACUUUGCUCUUCAUCCAGACUUCAAGUAAACUACAAGUCCAGCUGACAGAUGGGGAGAGAGAGAGGCACACUGAACUGCCAAGGGAGAAGGGGGAAGGAGUGUGGAGAGUGAGAGGAGAUGGAGGGGAGGGAGGGAGGGAGGGAGAGCGGGAGAGAGAGUCUCCACAGUGAAACCACCAGACUGUCUGCUUUCUGUGCCAUGUGCCUUUUUAACUCCACAUCUGGCCUUUACUGCUACAUUUAUGCCAUGUGUGAUUCGGUUACGUGACACACACACAGGAUGACUUUGUGUUCUGGACAAUCGUUUAAGAGUUAAAGAUUACGUUUUUAUCCAAUGCUAUUGAAAAGGUACUGCUGAAUCUGCACUUACGAAGACCUACAUUGAAUUGCGAAUAAUCUUGUCAUGUAGACGAGUGAAUGCAGUGACCAAAGAUUGCCUUGGUCAGACAUAGUCACAUUUCUCCCUCCCAUUCAAACCCAAGGCAGGCUCUAUCCUGUCUUGUCCUGACCCAAGGCAGGCUCUAUCCUGUCUUGUCCUGACCCAAGGCAGGCUCUAUCCUGUCCUGUCCUGACCCAAGGCAGGCUCUAUCCUGUCUUGUCCUGACCCAAGGCAGGCUCUAUCCUGUCUUGUCCUGACCCAAGGCAGGCUCUAUCCUGUCUUGUCCUGACCCAAGGCAGGCUCUAUCCUGUCUUGUCCUGACCCAAGGCAGGCUCUAUCCUGUCUUGUCCUGACCCAAGGCAGGCUCUAUCCUGUCUUGUCCUGACCCAAGGCAGGCUCUAUCCUGUCUUGUCCUGACCCAAGGCAGGCUCUAUCCUGUCUUGUCCUGACCCAAGGCAGGCUCUAUCCUGUCUUGUCCUGACCCAAGGCAGGCUCUAUCCUGUCUUGUCCUGACCCAAGGCAGGCUCUAUCCUGUCUUGUCCUGUACAGUAACUAAAUACUGUCUGCUUGUUGAUAGGGCUGUGGCGGUCAUUACAUUUCGUCAGCCGGUACCCGUCACGCAAAUAACUGCCGGUCUCACGGUAAUUAACCGUUAAUUAACAUAAACACGUUUAGCAUCUUCGAGCUUCCACGCAUAGCCUACAAGUCACUGAUGCAGACCUUUGGAACAUCUACAUUUUUAAAAAGUCUAAUAAAUCCAUGUAAUAUAGCCUACACCAUCACAAUAAAUCCAUUAUUUAUUUUAGGCAGGUCUAAAGAAACAUAAUGAUAUGAGGAAAAUGUAGCCUAUUUCAGAAGAACAGAAUAGCAUACUCUGAGUUGUCCUUAUGUUAUGCCCUGAUCUGGCUAUGCCAUAUGGCUGUGGGCUACAAUAGUUCAUUUAGCAGUCAAGAUUUGCUUAGAAUUCCCAUGGCAUUAUUUUAUAGUAAGAAGAAUACAAUUGAACAUAGCUGAAUAAAAUAUCAAUAAUAUUUUCCCCAAACGAUUUCAGAGGGAAUGCGCACAUGCAGCUAUUCUGUGUUGAGCGGUUAACAAAGUGCUCAUUUUAAACAGGUCCUUCUAUAUGCUUAAAGCUGCAAUAUGUAACUUUUUGGGCGACAGACAAAAUUCACAUAAAUGUGAGUUAUAGGUCUGUCAUUCUCAUUGAAAGCAAGUCUAAGAAGCGGUAGAUCUGUUCUAUGUGCACUAUUUCUAUGCUUCCAGUUAAGUUUCGUUUUUGCAUCUUACUUUCGGUUUUGUACACCAGCUGAAAAUACAAUAUUUUUGGUUAUGGAAAAUAUAUUUCACAGCUGUUUAGAUGAUACAAUGAUUUUCUACACUAUAUGCUUGUUUUGUCAUAUAAACUGAAAUUAGGCAAACUAUUAGAAUUUUAGCAACCAGGAAAUGGCGGGGAGAUUUCUGCAUAGUGCAAACCUUAGGUAAUACAGUGCCUUGCAAAAGUAUUCAUCCCCCUUGGCGUUUUUCCUAUUUUGUUGCAUUACAACCUGUAAUUUUAAUGGAUUUUUAUUUGGAUUUCAUGUAAUGGACAUACAGAAAAUAGUCCAAAUUGGUGAAGUGAAAUGAAAAAAAUAACUUGUUGAAAAAAAACAUUUAAAAAAAUAACGGAAAAGUGGUGCGUGCAUAUGUAUUCACCCCCUUUGCUAUGAAGCCCCAAAAUAAGAUCUGGUGCAACCAAUUACCUUCAGAAGUCACAUAAUUAGUUAGAUUGCACACAGGUGGACUUUAUUUAAGUGUCACAUGAUCUGUCACAUGAUCUCAGUGUAUAUAUACACCUGUUCUGAAAGGCCCCAGAAUCUGCAACACCACUAAGCAAGGGGCACCACCAAGCAAGCGGCACCAUGAAGACCAAGGAGCUCUCCAAACAGGUCAGGGACAAAGUUGUGGAGAAGUACAGAUCAGGGUUGGGUUAAUUUUUUUUAUCAGAAACAUUGAAAAUCCCACGGAGCACCAUUAAAUCCAUUAUUAAAAAAUGGAAAGAAUAUGGCACCACAACAAACCUGCCAAGAGAGGGCCGUCCACCAAAACUCACGGACCAGGCAAGGAGGGCAUUAAUCAGAGAGGCAACAAAGAGACCAAAGAUAACCCUGAAGGAGCUGCACAGCUCCACAGCGGAGAUUGGAGUAUCUGUCCAUAGGACCACUUUAAGCCGUACACUCCACAGAGCUGGGCUUUACGGAAGAGUGGCCAGAAAAAAGACAUGGCUUAAAGAAAAAAAUAAGCAAACACGUUUGGUGUUCGCCAAAAGGCAUGUGGGAGACUCCCCAAACAUAUGGAAGAAGGUACUCUGGUCAGAUUAGACUAAAAUUGAGCUUUUUGGCCAUCAAGGAAAACGCUAUGUCUGGCGCAAACCCAACACCUCUCAUCACUCCGAGAACACCAUCCCCACAGUGAAGCAUGGUGGUGGCAGCAUCAUGCUGUGGGGAUGGUUUUCAUCGGCAGGGACUGGGAAACUGGUCAGAAUUGAAGGAAUGAUGGAUGCCGCUAAAUAAAGGAAAAUUCUUGAGGGGAAACCUGUUUCGGUCUUCCAGAGAUUUGAGACUGGGACGGAGGUUCACCUUCCAUGGCCUAGUCAAAGCCCAGACCUCAAUCCAAUUGAGAAUCUGUGGUAUGACUUAAAGAUUGCUGUACACGGCAGGUAGCUUAGUAUUUAAGAGCGUUGUGCCAGUAACCGAAAGAUCGCUGGUUCUAAUCCCAGAGCCGACUAGGUGAAAAAUCUGUUGAUGUGCCCCUUGAGCAAGGCACUUAACCCUAAUUGCUCCUGUAAGUCGCUCUGGAUAAGAGUGUCUGCUAAAUGACUAAAAUGUAAAUGUACAUCAGCAGAACCCAUCCACCUUGAAGGAGCUGGAGCAGUUUUGCCUUGAAGAAUGGGCAAAAAUCCCAGUGGCUAGAUGUGCCAAGCUUAUAGAGACAUACCCCAAGAGACUUGCAGCUGUAAUUGCUGUAAUUGGGGAUACUCAGUCACUACAAAGAUACAGGCGCCCUUCCAAAAUCAGUUGCCGGAGCGGAAGGCCAAUGGCGAUUUUAAAACAGUUACAGAGUUUAAUGGCUGUGAUAGGAGAAAACUGAGGAUGGAUCAACAAUAUUGUAGUUAAGCCACAAUACCACCCUAAAGGACAGAAGGAAGCCUGUACAGAUUAAAAAUAUUCCCGAAACAUGUUAGCAAAAAAUGUGGCAAAUAAACGUUUUGUCCUGAAUACAAAAGCGUUAUGUUUGGGGCAAAUCCAGGUCGGAGGGCCUAGGUAUGUCGGAGGGCCAAGGUAUAGCGUAGCCAACAGGCGAAGGGACUGCUUAAUAAACGACCUGUUGGGGCAGGAAGUGUGGAAGACCAGGAAACAUGAGCUGCGAUGGGUGUACACACCCCAGAGCUGUGCUGCUGCUGGCUCACACUGGAGCAGGUAAUGGGGGGGCUGGUGAACCGUCUGAGAGACUUUGUAGAGUGGUGGUGGUGCGUCGGCGGGUUCUAUGCAUUCGCAUUGAAUCUGAGUCGGACAUAGGGGCUGGCUAAUUAUUAACGACCGCAAAGACGACUCAUUACGGCUUGAUAAUGAUUUAAUAGUCUUCAGUAGAAUUAACUGAUGAUUAACUGGCUGAAGACUGUAGUCAUGUCCCCCAAAUCAACGCUCUCUGAUUUUAUAAAAAGAAAUAUUAGAUGCUAUUGCAGGGGGUUAGUCUAAUCUGACCAUCUGCUUUCUCUCUUAAGCACAGGAGCAGUAGUCUAUCCAUAUGACUGGUGUGCUUUUAGAGUACGUGGCUGAGGCUCUGUUUACAGUGAGAGCUAGGUCAGGUUGUUUCUGAGUGUUUUUGGCAGACUGUCAUCUCUGCUCACUGUUUACAUCUGAGGUUGUACUGGUGUGUGUGUGUGUGUGUGUGUGUGUGUGUGUUUGUAGGGUCAUGCAAUUUUGUAUGACAGUAAAACUUACCGUAUGCUUCCCAGUAUUAUGAUAAUUUCUUUUAUACUUUUGUUCGUUUCGGUGUUCGGCAGGUAUUUUUUCGGCUGUUCGUGCGCACACGUUUUUAGGCAAGCUGAAGUUAGGUAGCCGAAGUCCACGCCCCUUCGUCGUUGAUUGGCCAACAGUACUACUCAUAGUAGUACGGUUUUAUGCAUAUUUUUUUCCCUCGAGAAACACAAACAUCUUAGUUUGAUGUAAAAUUGCAUGACUAAGACCUCUGCAAAAAACGUUAAAAUGAAUGAAAGAUUUAUUGAUUUAUCUUGAAUUAAUUCAGACAAUUUUGAGGAAGGGUUUCUGGCUAUGUUGCUACGGUGGCUCAAGGGGGACAAACAACAGUAAUAUUGCCUCCUCUUUAGAUCUUUAGGGAGUAUGUGAGCAGACGUUGGCUUAGCCUAGCCAUGUUCUGCUAUGACCGCGGUCACCAUAGUAACCGUUCGAAAAGCACUUUUUUUUUUUAAAGCUGUACAUUUUCUCCUCACUUCCUCACCAUUCAUGAUUUGAAAUGCAAUCAAGCAUUUUAGUUUUAAAAUAACAAAGCGACCCUUGAAUAAUUAGCAUAAACAAUAAAUAAACCGUUCCACUGUUUUUAGUCUUUGCUGUAAUAAAGGCUCUACAAAAAAAAAAAAAAAACGUACAAGAGAAAAAUAUUGUAAUCUAACAGCACCUGUUUGUCACACUCAAUACGCACGCAGAACUUGGUCCUUAACUUAUUUUUCUUGAUCUCUAGUAUUUUCCACAAUUAGUCAAAUAUAUCCCACACAUCUGACUUCCCCCGUUACGAGUUUAUUUGUCACGUCCUCUGCAUCCAUUAUGCUGUUACGGUGUCCGGAGUUGUUAUAACCAAUUUAUUGAUGUGAUUUAUGAUAGGCUAUAGGUCAGGCCCCAUUGGUCACGUAAAGAGAGCAAAGGUUGAGGGAAUAGGGAAUGUUUUUCCUAAACAAAUGAGAGAUAUCGGUAACAGAACUUUUCAGUCAGAAAUGUCUGUAAUUAUGUUCCAGCUUCAGCAACACGGACAGCGCGAUAAAGACUGUUGAUGUUCUGUGGUGGUCGCUGCAGUAGGGAGGAGAGAGAGACAACGGGUGAUGAUGUUCUGUGGUGGUCGCUGCAGUAGGGAGGAGAGGGAGAGAGACAGCGGGUGAUGAUGUUCUGUGGUGGUCGCUGCAGUAGGGAGGAGAGAGAGACAACGGGUGAUGAUGUUCUGUGGUGGUCGCUGCAGUAGGGAGGAGAGAGAGACAACGGGUGAUGAUGUUCUGGUGUGGUCGCUGCAGUAGGGAGGAGAGAGAGACAACGGGUGAUGAUGUUCUGUGGUGGUCGCUGCAGUAGGAGGAGAGAGAGACAACGGGUGAUGAUGUUCUGUGGUGGUCGCUGCAGUAGGAGGAGAUAGAGACAACGUGGUGAUGAUGUUUCUGUGGUGGUCGCUGCAGUAGGGAGGAUAGAGAGACAACGGGUGAUGAUGUUCUGUGGUGGUCGCUGCAGUAGGGAGGAGAGAGAGAGACCAGCGGGUGAAUGAUGUUCUGUGGUGGUCGCUGCAGUAGGGAGGAGAGAGAGAGACAACGGUGUGAUGUUCUUGGUGGUCGCUGCAGUAGGGAGGAGAGAGAGAGACAACCGGGUGAUGAUGUUCUGUGGUGGUCGCGUGCAGUAGGGAGGCGAGAGAGAGACAACGGGUGAUGAUGUUCUGUGGUGGUCUCUGCAGUAAGGAGGAGAGAGAGAGACAACGGGUGAUGAUGUUCUGUGGUGGUCUCUGCAGUAAGGAGGAGAGAGAGAGACAACGGGUGAUAGUCACACAGUCGCUCGCUGUCUUUUUUUUUUUUUUUUUUUUGUCUGAGCCGGGUGGCACAAUCAAAUCGGACUACCCUCUAGUCGGACUACCCUCUAGUCGUUUGUGUGUCUUAAUUAUUUCAUCAAACAGUGCGCUUAAAGCAUCAGACAAGCUCAGUGCAUAUAGUUGAUUUGAUUAAAAACAUUUGAUGUGUCUAUAUAUUGAAAAAUACACGUUUUCUACCUAUCGAUUGGUUGAAAGAACAGACGACCCUCGGUCGACCAGGAAUGCCCAUCAGUCCCGUCUUCGGUCAGCUGGGUGAGCCAUCUCUACACUGGACUCACUAGCUGGACUCUGGCUCCUUCCCAGAGCAGAUGUGGAACUAGUGAAGUGAGCUGAGCUCAGAGUUCAGAAUCAGCUCCUGUUCACCUGAUUGACUAGACCUAAGAGAAAUGUCUGUAGUAGGACUGUGUACAUAUCAGAAACAGUCACACUAUCACAUUACUAUCAGCCUAAAAAAAGAGACAAAAAGCCUCACCUUUUUGUCUCUGUUCUCCACUGGAAUUGUUGUUUCUAGCCCUAAUCACAACCCCCUCCCUUCUCUCUGUCUCUCCUUCCACAGUGAUGUCCCAACACCACCACCAGCAGCACCUGCAACACACCCAGCAACAGCAGCCCCAACAGGCCCAGGCCCAAGCCUUGGGUUCGCCUGGCUCCCUCCCCCAGCAGCAGAGCUCCCAGGCUGGGAUGAUGAGCCUGUCCAGUCCCCUGGGCGUGGUGGUCAGUGCCCAGCAGAAGAUGAGGCUGCAGCGCAUCCAGCUGGAGAGAGAGAGGAUCCAGAGACGCCAGGAGGAGCUCAUGAGACAGGUGAGGCAGUCUAGCCCUUCAACACUAGCCUUUCAACACUGGGCCCUCAACACUAGCCCUUCAACACUAGCCCUUCAACACUAGCCCUUCAACACUAGCCCUUCAACACUAGCCCUUCAACACUAGCCCUUCAACACUAGCCCUCAACACUAGCCCUUCAACACUAGGCCCUCAACACUAGCCCUUCAACACUAGCCCUUCAACACUAGGCCCUCAACACUAGGCCCUCAACACUAGGCCCUCAACACUAGCCCUUCAACACUAGGCCCUCAACACUAGCCCUUCAACACUAGCCCUACAACACUAGGCCCUCAACACUAGGCCCUCAACACUAGGCCCUCAACACUAGGCCCUUCAACACUAGCCCUUCAACACUAGGCCCUCAACACUAGGCCCUCAACACUAGGCCCUCAACACUAGCCCUUCAACACUAGGCCCUCAACACUAGCCCUUCAUCACUAGGCCCUCAACACUAGCUCUUCAACACUAGCCCUUCAACACUGGCCCUUCAACACUAGGCCCUCAACACUAGGCCCUCAACACUAGGCCCUCAACACUAGGCCCUCAACACUAGCCCCUCAACACUAGCCCCUCAACACUAACCCCUCAACACUAACCCUUCAACACUAGGCCCUCAACACGAGAACUUCAACACUAGACCUUCAACACUAGGCCCUCAACACUAGGCCCUCAACACUAGCCCUUCAACACUAGCUCUUCAACACUAUGCCCUUCAACACUAGCCCUUCAACACUAGGCCUCAAUGCCCAGCUGCUCAAACCUAGAGUAUUUAUCCUUUAAUUAGGCAGGGGAAUUCUCAUUGAGACCAAAGUGUCUUUUGCAUUACAAAAGAGCCAACAAUACCACACAGACAGAGAGCCUGCUCUAUUCUCAGACCUCCAGUCCACGUUCUGUUUAUCCCACACCUACAAGCCGCUGGAGACUGUCUGGAGAGACCCGAUACACCACUGGGAGACCCGAUACCCCACUGGGAGACCUGAUACACCACUGGGAGACCCGAUACACCACUGGGAGACCCGAUACACCACUGGGAGACCCGAUACACCACUGGGAGACCCGAUACACCACUGGGAGACCCGAUACACCACUGGGAGACCUGAUACACCACUGGGAGACCUGAUACACCACUGGGAGACCUGAUACACCACUGGGAGACCUGAUACACCACUGGGAGACCUGAUACACCACUGGGAGACCCUGAUACACCACUGGGAGACCGAUACACCAACUGGGAGACCUGAUACACCACUGGGAGACCUGAUACACCACUGGGAGACCUGAUACACCACUGGGAGACCUGAUACACCACUGGGAGACUGAUACACCACUGGGAGACCUGAUACACCACUGGGAGACCUGAUACACCACUGGGAGACCUGAUACACCACUGGGAGACCUGAUACACCACUGGGAGACCUGAUACACCACUGGGAGACCUGAUACACCACUGGGAGACCUGAUACACCACUGGGAGACCUGAUACACCACUGGGAGACCUGAUACACCACUGGGAGACCCGAUACACCACUGGGAGACCCGAUACACCACUGGGAGACCUGAUAUAAACCCUAAUCAAUCCUUAUCUGCUCUUUCCUCUUAGAGAGACGCCUUGACACGAUUUGUAUUCAGGCUAAACACACACUAGCAUGUAUGCAUUCAAACACACACGCACACAAACACGUUUUGUUCUAUCCCCGUGGGGACCUAAAACUGAUUUCCGUUCAAAAUCCUAUUUUCCUAACCCAAACACUAAACUUAACUCCUAAACCUAACCACUAACCCCUAACCCUAAUUCUAACACUAAUUGUAACCCUAACCCUAUCCCCUAAGCUUAAAAUAGCCUUUGUCCUAAUGGAGACAUGGGAAUUGUCCCAACGAGGGAGAAUAUUUCUUGUAUUACUAUCCUUUUAGGGACUUUUGUGUAUUCUAGGUCCCUUCAAGAAGAACACACACACACACACACAAACACAAACAAGCCAGCACAUCACGUGCCUCCUCCGAGCACAAUGAGUAAAGGCUUUCCCAGAAGACUCUCAGAAAGACAGCCAAUGGAGCUCUUAGCUGGACAGUAGUUUGUUUUGAGCGCAGGCUUUGGGCCUUUCUAUGGAGUAGGGGGGGGUGGGGAGUAAACAUUAGCGCCCACUAGUGGCCGAAGGGGGUAGCUACCAGCGACUCUAUUCUCUCUGUUAUUCUAGACCACCUGCUCAUCCACUUACAGGAAGGCAGGCUCACAUAGAGAGAGAGAGAUGCACACCAGUUUGUUUACCGCCUUUUAUUGUCCAGCCAGUGACCUCAUCCAGGAAGUGUUUAUCUCACCCAGAACUCCAUGGCUCUGUCGGCCCAUCCUGAGCACUUAGCAGCACUGGCUGGGGUCUGUGUGGUUGGCCAGGGGUAGGGGAGAAGCGUUGUUAGUGUGUGUUAUAGGGCUGUGUGUGAGUGUGUUAUAGGGGUGUGUGUGUGUGUGUGUGUUAUAGGGGUGUGUGUGUGUGUGUGUUAUAGGGGUGUGUGUGUUAUAGGGGUGUGUGUGAGUGUGUUAUAGGGCUGUGUGUGAGUGUGUGUGUGUUAUAGGGGUGUGUGUGAGUGUGUGUGUGUGUUAUAGGGGUUGUUUUUUUAGGGUGUUGGUUUGUGUGUGUGUGUUUUUUUGUUGGUUGUUUGAGUUUGGCAUGUGGUUGUUUGGGGGUGUGGGUGUGGGUAGGUGUGUGGUGGGUGUUUGGGUGUGUGUGGUGUUUCGGGGUGUGUGUGUGUUUGUUUUGGGGGUUGGUGUGUGUUGUGGUGGUGGCGUGUGUGUGUUUUUGUUGUGGGUGGUGUUGGGGUUUUGUGUGUGUGUUUUGUUUGUUUGUUGGUGUUUGGUUGUUUUGGUUUUUGUUUUUGGUUGGUGUGUUUGUGUUUUUUGGUUGUUUUUUUUGUGUGUGUUGUGUUUUUGUUUAUUGGUUUAUUGUUUGGUGUUUUGGGUGUUUGUGUUUUGUUUUUUGUUGUGAUGUUUUAUGUGUUGUUUUGGUGUUUUUGUUUUUUUUUUGUUCGUUUUGUUUUUUGUAUAGGUUUUUAGUGUUUGUUUGUUUUUUGUUUUUUUUUUUGUGUUGUUUUUUUUUGGUUAGUUUUUUUUUUUCGGGGUGGGGGGGGUUUGGUUUUGCUGUUUUUUUGGGGGAUGUUUUUUGUUGUUGUUUUUUUUUGUUUUUGUUUGUGUUGGUGUGUGUGUUUUGUGGGGGUUGUUUUGGUUUGUGAGUGUUUUGUGUUUCGGUUUUUUGGGGGUUUUGUUGUUUCGUGUUGGAGGGGGUGAGGGGAGUUUUUUUUGUCGGGUUAUGGGGGUUUGUUCUUUUUGGUUGGUGUUUUUUUUGCUUUUGCUUUUUUUUUUGGGUUUUUUGUUAUCUUUUUGUGUUUUUUGGUUUGUUUGUUAUUUUGUUUUGUUUUGUGGGGGGGUGGGGGGGUUGUGUUGUGUUUGUUUGGUAGGUGGGUUUGUGUUUAGGGUUGUUGUUUGUGUGUUUUUGGGUGUUAAGGGUGGUGUGAUGUUGUGUUUGUGGUUGUUGUGUGUUUUGUGGUUUGGGGUGUGUGUUGAGGUGGGUUGUGUGUGUGUUUUGGGGUUGUGUUGUGUGUUUUGGGGUUUUGUGUAAUAUACAUAUUCUGACAGUAGCUUCUCUAAUUUCCGCUGUCCUCUCCUAGACGAUCUCGCUGCUCUGGUCUGUGUGACGGUCUGGAGGUAGAUCCCUUUAACCUGUCUGUUCACUACCUUAUAUACAGUGAGAGAAAAAAAGUAUUUGAUCCCCUGCUGAUUUUGUACGUUUGCCCACUGACAAAGACAUGAUCAGUCUGUAAUUUUAAUGGUAGGUUUAUUUGAACAGUGAGAGACAGAAUAACAACAAAAAAAUCCAGAAAAAACGCAUGUCAAAAAUGUUAUAAAUUGAUUUGCAUUUUAAUGAGGGAAAUAAGUAUUUGACCCCUCUGCAAAACAUGACUUAGUACUUGGUGGCAAAACCCUUGUUGGCAAUCACAGAGGUCAGACGUUUCUUGUAGUUGGCCACCAGGUUUGCACACAUCUCAGGAGGGAUUUUGUUCCACUCCUCUUUGCAGAUCUUCUCCAAGUCAUUAAGGUUUUGAGGCUGACGUUUGGCAACUUGAACCUUCAGCUUCCUACACAGAUUUUCUAUGGGAUGAAGGUCUGGAGACUGGCUAGGUCACUCCAGGACCUUAAUGUGCUUCUUCUUGAGCCACUCCUUUACAUUUUCAUUACAUUUACGUCAUUAGCAGACGCUCUUAUCCAGAGUGACUUACAGUUAGUGAGUGCAUACAUUAUUUUUUUAUUUUCAUAUUGGCCCCCCCUGGGAAUCGAACCCACAACCCUGGCAUUGCAAAUGCCAUGCUCUACCAACUGAGCUACAUCCCUGCCGGCCAUUCCCUCCCCUACCCUGGACGACGCUGGGCCAAUUGUGCGCUGCCCCAUGGGUCUCCCGGUCGUGGCCGGCUACGACAGAGCCUGGAUUCGAACCAGGAUCUGUAGUGGCACAGCUAGCACUGCGAUGCAUUGCCUUAGACCACUGCGCCACUCUGUGUGUUUUGGGUCAUUGACCACUGCCUUGGCCGUGUGUUUUGGGUCAUUGUCAUGCUGGAAUACCCAUCCACGACCCAUUUUCAAUGCCCUGGCUGAGGGAAGGAGGUUCUCACCCAAGAUUUGACGGUACAUGGCCCCGUCCAUCGUCCCUUUGAUGCGGUGAAGUUGUCCUGUCCCCUUAGCAGAAAAACACCCCCAAAGCAUAAUGUUUCCACCUCCAUGUUUGACGGUGGGGAUGGUGUUCUUGGGGUCAUAGGCAGCAUUCCUCCUCCUCCAAACACGGCGAGUUGAGUUGAUGCCAAAGAGGUCCAUUUUGGUCUCAUCUGACCACAACACUUUCACCCAGUUCUCCUCUGAAUCAUUCAGAUGUUCAUUGGCAAAUUUCAGAUGGCCCUGUAUAUGUGCUUUCUUGAGCAGGGGGACCUUGCGGGCGCUGCAGGAUUUCAGUCCUUCACGGCGUAGUUUGUUACCAAUUGUUUUCUUGGUGACUAUGGUCCCAGCUGCCUUGAGAUCAUUGACAAGAUCCUCCCGUGUAGUUCUGGGCUGAUUCCUCACCGUUCUCAUGAUCAUUGCAACUCCGCAAGGUGAGAUCUUGCAUGGAGCCCCAGGCCGAGGGAGAUUGACAGGUCUUUUGUAUUUCUUCCAUUUGCGAAUAAUCACACCAACUGUUGUCACCUUCUCACCAAGCUGCUUGGCGAUGGUCUUGUAGCCCAUUUCAGCCUUGUGUAGGUCUACAAUCUUGUCCCUGACAUCCUUGGAGAGCUCUUUGGUCUUGGCCAUGGUGGAGAGUUUGGAAUCUGAUUGAUUGAUUGCUUCUGUGGACAGGUGUCUUUUUAUACAGGUAACAAGCUGAGAUUAGGAGCACUCCCUUUAAGAGUGUGCUCCUAAUCUCAGCUCGUUACCUGUAUAAAAGACACCUGGGAGCCAGAAAUCUUUCUGAUUGAGAUGGGGUCAAAUACUUAUUUCCCUCAUUAUAAUGCAAAUCAAUUUAUAACAUUUUUGACAUGCGUUUUUCUGGAUUUAUUUGUUGUUAUUCUGUCUCUCACUGUUCAAAUAAACCUACCAUUAAAAUGAUAGACUGAUAAUUUCUUUGUCAGUGGGCAAACAUACAAAAUCAGCAGGGGAUCAAAUACUUUUUUCCCUCACUGUAAGUGUUGUGUUCAGUCCAUACAGCUCCAAUGUCACACUAAUUGACAUUGUUAUAAAGCUAUUCAGCGGCCUGGGCGGAAAGCCCCUUCCCUUUACAGAUACAUCCAGCCAUUUGUUAUACUCACUGCCCAUCAGAUGAAUGGGAAGCUGGUGUUUCUCAGGUGACUGUGCACUGGGAGUUAGUUGAGCCCCAGGCGGGGAGACUGACACGACCCAACCCUAGAAACCGUGUCAGGGCAGUGGCACAGGUGAAGGGUAGUCCGCCCCCCACUCCCUCCCUCCUAGUCCCACCAGUGUAGACCUGUCUUUGUGUGUGUGGGUAAGAUUAUCUUAUGGCAGAAAGCACAAACCUGUCACUUAUUCCGUGGCCCACAUCCUUUAAGACUAUUAGCCAAUCCCGUCCUGAGGCGUGUGUGUGUGUGUGUGUGUGUGUGUGUGUCUUCACAUCAGAUAAUUGCUGUGUAAUUCACACACUCACUACCAUAUUAUUAAGGCCUGAAAAUACACUACUUGGUUAAUUUUCCUGGAGUAGUUGGAAGAAGCAGAUUCUGUUAUGGAGUCAGCAAAUGUUUCUCCUCAAGUGCAGUAGCACACAAUGUGUUCUUGAACAAUAAUGAACAUAGUUUCAGUAAUCUUGAAUCUCUCCUCCUCCCCCUCCUCUCUCCCCUCUUCUCUCACCCCUCCCUCUCUUCUCCUCUUCUCUCUCCCCCUCCGCUCCUCUCCAUCCCCCGUGCUGCCUAUUGCUUUCCCCUAGGAGGUGGCGCUGUGUAGACAGCUCCCCUUGGACUCUGAGAGCAUGGCACCAGUGCCCACCCCCUGUGGAAACCCUGCCCAGCCCAUGACCCAGGGUAACAUGCCCACCAACGGGUCCGACCCCUUCCUCAACAGGCAAGUGCACUCCUGACUCCUCCCAUAUGUUACUCAACUCAAUUCAAGGGCUUUAUUGGCAUGGGAAACAUAUGUUUACAUUGCCAAAGCAAGUGAAAUAGAUCAUAAACAAAAGUGAAAUAAACAAUAAAAAACAUUAAAAAUUACACUCACAGAAGUUCCAAAGGAAUAGAGACAUUUCAAAUGUCAUAUUAUCUGUUACAGUGUGGGGGCCCCCCCCAAAACAACAAAAAAAAAGGGGGGGGAAGGGGGUUUUACCCCCCCCCCCCCCCCCCCCCGGGGGGGGGUUGAGGGGGGGAAAAAAAAAAUUUUUUGGGGAAAACCCACAAAAAUUUCCCCCCCCCCCCAAAAAAAAUUGGGGGGUUUUUUUUUUUUAAAAAAAGGGGGGGGGGGUUUUUUUUUUUUCCCCAAAAUUUUGGGUUUUAAAACCCCCCCUUUUUUGGGGGGGAAAAAAAAAUUUUUUUUUUUUUAAAAAAAUUUUAAAGGAAAAAAUUUUUUUUAAAAAGGGGGGGGUUUUUGGAAAAAAAUUUUGGGCCCCAAAAAGGAAAUUGGGAAAAAAAAAUUUUUUUUCCCCCCCCCUUUAAAAAAAAAAAUUUUUUUUUUUCCCCCCCCCCCCCAAAAAAAAGGGGGGGGGAAAAAAAAAACUUUUUGGGGGGGGGGGGGGGCCCCCCCCCCCCCGGGCCCCCUUUGGGGCCCCCAAGGGGGGGAACUCCCGGGGGGCCCCAAAUUUUCCCCCGGGAAAAAAAAAGGGGGCCCCAAAAAGGGGGUUUUUUCCCCAAACCCCCCCUUUUUCCUCCCCAAAAAUCCCCUUGAAAAAAAAAAUAAAAAAGGGGGGGGGGGGAAAAAAAAAAAAUUUAAAAAAAAAUUUAAAAAAAAAAAAAAAAAGGGAAAAAAAAAAAAAAAAAAAAAAAUUUUUUUAAAAAAAAAUUUAAAAAAAAGGGAAAAGGGGGGGCCCCCGGGGGGGGGGGGGCCCCCCCAAGGAGGAAAAAAGGGGGGAGAGAAAAGGGGGGGGGGGGGGAAAAAAAAAAAAAAAAUUCCCCCCCCCCCUUUCCCCUUUUUAAAAACCCCUUUUUUUUUUUAAUUUUGGGGGGGGGGGGUUUUUUUUUUUUUGGGGGGGUUUUUUUUUGGGGUUUGGGGGGGGGGGGGUUUUGGGGGGUUUUUUUUUUUUUUUUAAAAAAAGGGGGGGGGGAAAAGGGGGGGGGGGGUUUUUUUUAAAAAACCCCCCAAAAAAGGGGUUUUUUUUUUUGGGGGGGAAAUUUAAAAAAAAAAAAAAAAAAAUUUUUUUUUUUUUAAAAAAAAUUUUUAAAAAAAAAAAAAAAAUUUUUUUUCCCCAAAAACCCCCUUUUUUUUUUUUUAAAAAAAAAUUAAAAGAAAUUUUUUAAAAAGAAAAAAAAUUAUAAAAAAAUUUGGCACAGGGCAAAACCCCCUUGGAACCUGCCAGCCAUGACCAGGGUAACAUGCCCACCAACGGGUCCGACCCCUUCCUCAACAGGCAAGGCACUCUGACUCCUCCAUAUGUUACUCAACUCAAUUCAAGGGCUUUAUUGGCAUGGGAAAACAUAUGUUUACAUUGCCAAAGCAAGUGAAAUAGAUCAUAAACAAAAGUGAAAUAAACAAUAAAAAACAUUAAAAAUUACACUCACAGAAGUUCCAAAGGAAUAGAGACAUUUCAAAUGUCAUAUUAUGGCUGUGUACAGUGUUGUAAUGAAUCUCUCAUCUGUGGCUUAUAUAUCUAUCCGAGAUGAGCAGAGUAGGAGGAGGAGAGAGAGUACGAGAGAGAGACGCGGAGAGAAUACGAAUAUCUACACAUUACCCUCAGUUCUCCCUUCUUUUCUCAACACCCAUCUCACACUCUGCUCUCUCCCUCUCUCCUUCUACUCUCAGCCAGUAUUAUGCUUUCAGUUUUAAAGAUGGGUGUUGGUGUGUGAUCCAGUUGGUUAUUAGACGGGAUCUGUUUAUUACUAAGGUUUUUCUUCCUCUGUGAUCCACAGUGGUCACUUCCAGCACUCCCGGGAGCAGAGACAAGAAAGUGGCUGGGGCUGGGUGUUACAGCAUCCCACACCCCAGAGGACUUCAUUAAUAAACAUGGAGGAGAUGGACAAAGUGUAGCAUAACUUCUCAAUACAGUGUCUCUAGAAAUCUUAGACUCAAUAUAUAUAUAUAUAUAUAUAAUUAUAUAUUAUAUAUAUGAUAUUAUAGAUAUAGAAUUAUAUAUAUAUAGACAUUUAUAUAUCAUAGAAUUAUAUAUAUAUAGAAAUCAUAUACUAUAUAUAGAAAUAUAUAUGACAUAUAAUAUAGAAAUAUAUUCAAUAGAAAAUAUCUAGAUCAUAAGAAAACUAUAUAUGAAAUGCAUUCUGAGCACAUAUAUUAUAUAGAUAUAUUUAUUCAUAGAUAGAAGCAAAUUAUAAAUAUAUAUCAUUAUUUAUAUGUAUAUAUAUAUGUAUAUAUAUAUAUCAGAUAUUCUUAUAUAUAUAUAUAGAAAAUUUAUAAUAUAUAGAAUUAUAUCGAUUUAUUUCUUAUAUGAUAGAAUUAAUAUUCUAUAUAAAUAGAGUAAUUCUUUUAUAUAUAUACUAUAUCAUAUCCUCGAUAUAUAUAUAGAAUGAUCAUUAUAUUUAUCAUCUUAGAAUUAUAUAUACGAUAUAUAAUAUAUUAUAUAUAGUAUUAUAUUUAAUAGAUACUAUAUCAGAAUUAUAUAUUAUUAUAGAAUGAUAUAUAUAGAUUAAUUAUCUACAUAUAUAUAUAAUCUAUAAAAUAGAUAUCAUAUAUAUAUAACCUUAUAUCUCUAUAUAGAUUAUAUAACUCAUCUAUAAAAUUAUCUAUAUUAUAAAACUUCUAUAUAGAAUUAUAUAUCUCUCUCACAUAUAUAUAUCUAUAUAGAGACUAUCGAAUUCUAUAUCUCUCUCGCCUUAUACUUUCUCUACGCUUUCUCUAUCUAUAUCGACUUAUCGUCUUUCUAUCGCCUUCCUCUAGCUAGACAUUCUACAUAUAUUCUCUCGCCUUCUCUCUAUCUAUCUCUCGCUAUCUCUCUCUCUAUAUCAUCUCUCUCUCUUCGCAUUCUAUCUCUCUCUCUCUCGUAUCUCUUCUCUCUCGCCUUCUCUCUCUAUCGCCUCUCUAUCUCGCCUUCUCUCUCUCUCUCUAGCCUUCUCACGUCUCUCUCGCCUUCUAUAUCUCUCUCGCCUCUUCCUCUAGGCUUUUUCCUCUUCUCGUCUCUUCACUUCUCUAUCUCCGCUUUCUCUCUCUCUCUAUCUCUCUAUGCAUUCUCUCUUCUCUCGCCUUCUCUCGUCUCCUCGCUUCUCUCAAUUCUCCUUCUCUAGCCUUAAUCCUCCGACUUCUCUCCCUCUCGCCUGAUAGCCACUAUCGCGCUUCUCUCUCUCUAGACUUAUACAAUCGCUCGCCUUCUCUCUCUCUCUAUCGACUCUCUCUUCUCUCUCUCUCUCUCCUCUAUCUCCUCUCUCGCAUUCUCUCUCUCUAUCGCUCUCUCGCUUCAUCUCGCUCUCUAUGCCGUUCUCUCUCUCUCUCUCUCUCGAAUUCUCUCUCGCUUCUCUCGUAUCUCUCGCUUUCUCGCUCUCUGUGCCGUCUCAUCUCUCUCUCGCGUCUCCUCUCUAUCGCCUCCUCUCAACUAAUCUAGCCUUCUCUCUCUCUCCUCGCCUUCUCUCUCUCCUCUCGCCUUAUCGCUCUCUCUCUAUCCCUUUCUGCUCUCUCUCGCCCUCUCUCUCUCUCGCCUUCUCUCUCGCUGUUCUCUUCUCUCUCUCUCUCACUUUUCUCGGGCUCUCUCAUCGUCGCAGGCUGCUCUGUUCGCAUCGCGCCUUUCGUUAUCUAGCUCUCUUCGGCUACCACCACACAGCACGGGACACUCACACAUCAGUUAAUAGUAAUACCUACGCGGCCCUCAUCAUUACUAUCCAUUAGACCACUACCACCCGUUAGAGACGAAGUACCACCAAAGGGACGCUACCACAGACUCAAGCAUACUACGACCACGACCAGCAGCAGGACGGGGAAGACCAACCACGAGCAGAGACGACGAGACCCACGACAGCAGACGACGACGACCACGACAGCAGCAGACGACGACCCCACGACACCCAGCAGGACGACGGCCCGACAGCAGCAGGACGACGACCACGACAGCAGCAGGCGGACGACCACCACGACAGCACAGGACGACGACCACGACAGCAGCAGACGACGACCACGACAGCAGCAGGACGACGACACCACACAGCAGGACGACGACACCACGACAGAGCAGACGACGACCACCACGACAGCAGCAGGACGACGACACCACGACAGCAGGACGACGACGACCACGACAGCAGGACGACGACCACGACAGCGCAGGACGACGACCACACACAGCAGGACGACACCAACACGACAGCAGACAGGACAUUACACACACACUACAUCAUCAUUACUACCACACACAGAACAUACACACUACAUCAUUACUAAUAAUACACUAAAAUCAUAAUGACAACAUACCACGACUCACCAUUACUACUACCACUACCAUCACCAUUACUACUACCACUACUAUUACCAUCAUUACUACCACUACUAUUACCAUCAUUACUACCACUACCAUCACCAUUACUACUACCACCACUACCACUACCACCAUCAUUAAACUGCUUUCAUUACUCUCUCUCACUGACUGACUCUCCCUCCUCCCCCUCCAGGUGAGAGCAUGGCCCAGGCGGGCAGUAUGAACGUGUCCCAGCACAGUGGCUUCCCAGACUUCCUGGACUCCCUGCCAGGGACCAACGUGGACCUGGGAACCCUGGAGGGAGCGGACCUCAUCCCCAUUCUUAACGAUGUGGAGUCGGUCCUCAACAAGAGCGAGCCCUUCCUCACCUGGCUGUAAACACACACACACACACACAUCUUCUACAAACAUACACACGUAUACACAUACACACAUGUACAACCCUGAACACGCAGACCAACACACAGGACGAAAGACUCCACAUAUCUAAAGACUCUUACUGUCUCUGCUGCCUUUUAGAUACCUAUUCAAAUCAGCUUAGUCUCUUUUCCUCAGACUUCUCCAUAUGUACAGUGA